GCUGUCUUUCUUUCCUUUCAAAUAACUCCCAAGCAGAAAACAGUCCAAACCAGAUUCUCACACAACAUACCCUGCACAGUACGGGCAAACUGCUUUACAACAGACACCACAGGCUCACACUAACUUACAGGGAGUAAAAUGGAUUUUCUGAAGCAGGCUGAAGAAAUUGCCUCCACUGCCAAAUUUGGAGACUUGAUUGAAUUUUCCUACCCUAUCGGAUACUCACACUGGGGAGUGUAUGUUGAAGAUGGCAAUGUAAUCCAUUUUGCUGUUGCAGAUCAGGGGCAACUGAUGAGCAGCAUACGUUCUUCCCUACAAGCAAUCUUCCCUGUAUGUGGUGACCUUCUUCUUGGGGAGACCAAGAUCCGCAGAGUGCCUCUUGGUGAGGUGAAUGUCCCGAAAGGAACCCAUGCCCUGAUCAGUAACAACCGCCAUGCCUUCACACCAUCAGCACCUGAGGAUAUGAGGCUACGGUGCGAUGCCCUUCUUGAUAAGGAAUUCCCAUAUCAUCUUUUCACUCUCAACUGCGAGCACUUUGCCACUUUUGUACGCUAUGGAAAGGCUGUGUGCAACCAGAUUCCUACAAGACCCAAGAAUGUAGAGUGUGUGAAGGCAACUGCAACCUUCAAAGACAUUGUCAGCGCCAAAGAAACUGCUCAAGACCAUUUUGAAUGAGCGCCCUGACUAUCUUGUAUUUUCCAAUUCAUGACAAUAAUUGAACUUUUCAAGAAGUGGUAUAAGAAACAUGUACAACUAGGAACAAACAAUCUGACCUCUUUGGGAAUCGUGCCACUUAAACAUUCAGGAUUUUGUCUUUUGCCCUCUGAAAGGCUGGGAUGUUGUUUUUUUUUCAAUGGAGUGGACAAUAUGCACAUAUGUACAGUAGGGCUGCAGCUAAUUAUGGUUUUCAUUAUGGAUUAAUCUUGAUUGACCAUUGUCUGUAAAUAAUAAAUAAACUCCCACAGCCCAA